UCCAGCAGCAGGCUGAUGAGCCCUCCUCCUCGCUGCCACCGUCAUUGGUUUCCCUGGAAGCCGAGUGAAACCAGUCAGACGUCCACUGCGCCUCCGGUUCCCUCGCAGCAGGAUUCAGACGCUCACUGGGGGAAUGCGUGACAAAACACGGCGUUUAUUUGGAUUUUCAGAGAAAACAACUCUCCUUCAACAAGUGCAAUUUCAUUUCUAGCAUGAUAGCUCCCCUCUGGAGCCGAUACAGGCGUUAAAAAAUGUCCCACCAGCAGCGGAUUGUCCAGCUCUCCACCGCUUCGCUCGCCGUAGUCUUCGGCCCGAACGAGGAGAGUUUGCGCGCUGGCGGAGGGAAACUCAAUGCCAACACAACGAGCGGACAGGAGAUUUUUGCGGACUUCAAGGCGCAAAAUUUGCGCAGUUUCUGGAAUAAGAGACUCGCAAAGGCCAUAGCUGAAGUGUACUUUCAGGGAUGGAUGGAAAAUUUGGUGCUUUUCAUUCAAGGGAACGCAAACAACUUGGAGGUGCUGAGAGAAGCGUGGAUGCGCAGGGCUCUAAGGUCACCAAAGGGAUUUAUCAUAAAAGCUGUCGGUGACUUGUCCCCGGUGCAGAUGUCCCCUGUCCCCCAGUCCCAGUUCAUUCCCUUGGCUGAGGUGUUGUGCUCAGUCAUUUCAGAUAUGAACUCCUCUCAAAUCACCGUCAACCAGGAUGCACUUAUCAAUUACAUGAGCAAAGCCCACCCAGGAAUAACCAUCCCCACUCAGGACAUCCUCUACAAUGCUCUAGGCGCUCUGAUCAAGGAGCGCAAAAUUUACCAUACAGGCGAGGGCUACUUUAUCGUCACACCUCAGACUUAUUUCAUCACAAACACCAUGGUCCGAGAGAAGAACUGGUGGACUUCUGGUUCAGCAGACGAACCUCCCUCACCUCCUCCCAUUACUUACCUGUUGAGCAACGACACAUGUGUUGAUAGCCCUCAAACGCUGCCUGUGGCACACUGUAAGUCUUGCAGCUGCUUCAGUCCUCUCCAAACAUCCGGUAAUAUUGCCUCCACUACUCUAACAGCCCCCGUCCCUCCCUCCACUGUCCCAGACCAGCAGUCUGUUUCUUUUUCCAUAAGUGAAUGUACAGGCAAGAGCUUAAAGUGGCCCAGACCGUUAGAUCACAAACCCACAGUGCAGCAUCAAUCCACCUCUACAGCAGCAGAUUGUCAGGCAAGUGAGAUCAGCAAAACUACAGCCACUACUAACGCCACUGGCCGCAAAGAAAAAGACAACAAACCAGGGAGGAAGUUUGGUCUUAGUUUGUUUAGGAGGAAUGGAGGUAAAAAAGAGAAGCCAAAGAAGGAGUAUGCAUCAUUUUCAGCCCAGUUCCCUCCGGAGGAAUGGCCGGUAAGAGACGAGGAAGACCUGAACAACUUACCCCGUGACCUGGAGCAUGCCAUCAUCAAAAGCAUAAACCCCAAACUGACUGUGGACAACUUGACACGCCACACGGUCUUAAUGAAGAAGCUAGAAGAGAGAAGGGAGAGGGUGGUGGACAGAGUGUUGGACAGGGGUCUGGAUAAAGACGAUAAGGGAGUAAACAAGGGAAUGUCUACUGAGAUCCUAGCAUAUUCAAAACCCAGGCAUCAUCACUCCCUUAAGGCAGGGAAAAGAUCUGCUCAAAAGGCCUCGCGCAGCAAGAGGAGGACCCAUUCCUCCAGAGAAAAGCAGAAGGAAAGGCAGAAGGAAAGGAUUAAGAGUAAGGAUCCCAUAUGUGCGGAUGAAUAUCCAGAGGGGGAGGAUUUGAUCCCUGCUCGGCUCAGAGUGGAAAUCCCUCUUGAUGACCCAGAGCAAAUGGAAGAAGGUGUAGCUGCUGAGGGGAAAUCUCUUUAUAAGAAACGCAUUGAAAACCCUUUCCAGACGCAUCCAAUCAAAGAAGCUGAGCCCAUUAUUCCUGCCACCAUCAAUAAAGAACAUAGAAGACGAGAGGUGAAAGAGUGCAAGGCUUUGGGGCCGGGGAGUAAGGAUCGAACAAGUCACCGCUCCAAAUCAUGGGACCCCCAUCGGGCCAAAGUGAUUGUAGCAGAUGGAGAGCAUGCAGGGAAAUCCCCUACAUCUGAGGACAGGUACGAUUGUGUCCAUGAGAGGGACCUUACUGCCGAUCAUCUGCUCCAAGCUGACAUAAAGAUCAACAGAGAGCUGCCACUGGACUACAACUCAGCCUACCCACAGAGCAGUACGCUUCGGAUAGACGACAAGGUCCGACAUCAGAGGGAGGGAAACAACAAGGCCGACUGGGAGAGAGAAGGCAAAAAUGCUAAUUUUCAGGAGGGGGGUUACAAUGACCACAGACAAACUAUAUAUGACAAGCAAUACUCUAAUACUAAUGCCAUUCUCCCUACCCAUCCCUGUGAGCUUGUUGUAAACCAUACUCACGACCUAACUCUGCCCAGGCCCAAGUCCUCUUUACAGCGGAAUAACUCCCUCAGACUGUCCAACCCUCAAAGGGAUGAUAUUCAGGGGCUAGAGCUCUCUUCAUACCAGCAAGCCUGUGAAACCCCAGCCACCCAGGAACUACGGGACAUAAGACCUGUCACUAUUAGUACUGGAGUGCAAAAGACCAUGAGCCAGGGAGAAAGGCCAGAACUGAUAAUGGAUAGCCCUCCUUCAGUUACAGACACUGAUGCCUUUAUAGAAGAUGACUAUAGGCUCUAUCAGAGAGCAGAGGAGCAGGAGGAUGAGGAUGCCUGCAGCUCCUUGGGUCUGAUUGAGGAGGGAAUUAUUGAUGCUGAAAAUGCGUACCAAACGGGUAUAGCGGACUACCAUAACCAGUUGGUUUACCAUGACCAUGAACCUGAUUUGCAAUAUCAGGGACCUCACCGUCACUAUUAUAAUUCCAACUUUCAACAACCAAAAGUUGCCUUGAUACAAGAUUCAAGGGACAGCACUUUCAAAGAUCAUAUUUCCCCAGCAACCAAGAGGGACGCUUUCCUCAGCUCCACCAGGUCUGGAGAGACCAGCAGGAGACGCCGUCAGAGGACUCAAAUACCAGGGGCCAAAAGUGAAUCCAGCCCCAGACAAGACACAUUGAUCCAGGGGGACAGAAAACAUGAGGUCAACCAUGAUUUGGAUAGUGUUGAACCAUCUGAAGUUGCAGAUAGUAGCAUAUUUGACUACUGCCAUACCAGUGAGAUAGAAUCAGACACAGAGACUGUCCGUAAGUCAGCUGAUGAGGGCGACGGUGAGUCUGCUCACUGGGCGUCGGAGGUGAAGGAAGUGCAGAAGAAUGAGUUCAAUGAGAGGGGUGUUCCUCAGACCCAUAGAGCUGUUCUGAGCAUGCCCAGUGGAAUCCGAGGGGCAGAAAUUGGGGAAGCGGUAGAAAUGGGAGAGAACCAGAGCAUCACAGGAGACAGUGGUAUAGAUUCUCCUCGGACCCGUGUAAGUCUGGCCUCCAGCAACACUGUCAUUCUGGAGGGACUUAAGAGAAGAGGGUUUUUACAAAAUUUGGAGAAACUGCAUUCAAAGAGCAGCGUCAUUCGACCACAGAGCUCACUGCUACAACUAACUCCUGUUAUGAACGUAUAGCAGGCCUGAGUCCCCUGCCGAAGCUUUGUGUGGGAGCUGAUAGUUCUCUUCACGUGGCUCAGUAUAAAAAGGCCAAAACAAGAGCUAGACUCUCAAGUUCUAUGCAACUGCUAGGUCAGAAACUUAACUAAAAAGGAAGGUUUGUACUUUGUUGCCUACCUCCAAAUAUU